CAGGGCAGGCCUGCGCAGGCGCAGUGAGGGGCUGCGGGUUCUGACAGCGGUGUCUGAAGGAGGAAAAAAAAAGCGUCGCCUUUGAAAUAAAACAUCAUAUGUCCAAAAAAAAACACCCCUAAAACGUCCGAUUUUACAAAAAAAGAAUCACAUACUAAUCCCCAAAGUAGCGUCAUAAUGAUGCUGGAAGGAUGUUUCCCCUGGCUGGGGCUUCUGGAGCUUGGGGUCAUACACUCCGAAUAAGCAACCAUUUAGGACAAAGACGAGGAGAAAUUUCUUCACUCAAAGAUCCGUUUCAUCCUUAUUCAAAACCGUGCUGGGAAAACCCGCUUGGCUAAGUGGUAUAUGCAGUUUGACGAUGAUGAAAAGCAGAAGCUCAUUGAGGAGGUUCAUGCUGUGGUGACAGUCCGUGAUGCCAAACACACCAACUUUGUGGAGUUUCGAAACUUCAAGAUAAUUUAUCGGCGUUAUGCUGGCCUCUACUUCUGUAUUUGUGUGGAUGUCAAUGAUAAUAAUCUGGUCUACCUGGAAGCUAUCCACAAUUUUGUGGAGGUUUUGAAUGAAUAUUUCCAUAAUGUCUGUGAAUUAGAUCUUGUCUUCAACUUCUACAAGGUGUACACAGUGGUGGAUGAGAUGUUCCUAGCAGGAGAGAUCAGGGAGACAAGCCAGACCAAGGUGCUAAAGCAGCUCCUCAUGCUACAAUCCUUGGAGUAAAAACUUUGGUCCCAAAUCGAAAGGAUGUUUAAACAGCAGCACUCUCCUCUCGUAUUCCAUUGGUGCAAGUGUGUGUGGUGUUUGUAUGUGUUUGUGUGUGUAUGAGUGUGUGUAUGAGAGAGGAGAGAGGAAGACAGGAAACAGUGAAUGUUAACCCAAUUACUACAGGAGAAUGACCAUUUAAUCUGUCAAAAUCCACUGAAAUAUCCUGUAAUGCUUCAGCAUCUCUGUCAUGAGUUAAUCUGAUUGUAUGGGGACCACUAUGCCUCUGGUUAUCUGGCUGUUGAUUAAUCAGUAUCCAUAUAAAGCCCUGGAUUUUGUUGACUGCACUGUCAAAUUAGCCCCAGCACUAGGCAAAUACUUACUUUGGAGUGAGCCAAUUUGAUUUUGGUUAAAGAGCGAGCGCAUUUACAGUUACACUGCAAAAUUACUAAAGUAAUCUGAACACAAGAUUGAGCUUUCAGCAGUGGAACGCCAGUGUUGUCACUAGAAGAUCAAAUAAAAGAAACAGUGGGCCUGUGAAAUUUUCACUGGGUCCAUUGACACAAUCGUACAUUUUGCUGUUCCUGCAGAGAGCCAGGUACAUCAGAAAUAUUGGUGGUGGGACCAAACUUGAGACAGGUAUCACACAAGAAACACAUUUAAAGUAUUUUGUUUUGUGCAUCCCUUAGGUGUAGUGUAUGGGUGCCAGUGUAGUGGUUAAGACCACUAGUGACAACACUACAAGGCCAGUGUGCUUUUGCCUUUUUGCCAAUUGCGCUGCCUUCAGUUUAGUUUUCAAGAAGCCAAGUUAUUUGGCCCCAGCAUCAUUGUUAGUUUGGGAUGGUGCCCAUCUAAAUUUAUUACCAAAUACUCUGGGAGUAUUGUCUUAAUUAGGCCUGUUGGAGCUAAGUAAGUGGAACCCUAUUCCACGUGUAUUCUGCAUUUCGCAAUGCUCCUUGCUCCCAGGGACCAAAAUGUAAUAGUUGGUUUAUACUAAUUGGGAGGGAACUAUCUGGAGUUUCUGAUUCAGAACUUUUUGAGGAUAAGCGAUUUCACAGACGCACCUAGAUGCCAUUUUCUUCAACAGGUAAGCAUAAUGAAAGCUGUCAAGAAAAUCACCAGUCAAAUAGCCAGAAUUCAGUAUCCCGUAUUCAUAGUUUACAGAGAACAGUAUUUUCUUUACAAUUUUUUAAUCAUUUUUUUCGAGUAGAAAAUGGACUUUGUGAUAAUUAAAGCUUGUAAUUAAACUGCCUUCAGGAAUGUGGAGAAAAUAUUGUAGAAACAUUUUACUUUAUUCCAUUGACCAGGUCUCUGAACAAUAGCGGCACAGCUGCCUGCAGCCUUGUUCCACAUAAUUGUUAAUUAGCAGCAGAACUUCUAGAUUUAUAAAUGUGUAGAGCUUGGAAAGCUAUUGAAAUUAUAUGAUUUAAAGAAUAAAUGUGAAUGUUGACUGAACACCAGGGCUUGCUAGUCACUGUUCACUUUGUAUUGUUGCAGGGCUGUAGGUCUGUGAUUGGCACAGACCUGUAUUUGGGAUAAAGCAAAAUGCUUUCCAUACAGUGUUUUUAAAAAAAAAAAAUAUUUGCCUAGUCCUCUUUUUUUUGUGGGUGUUUGAAUGAAGUACAUGUGUAUGGAAAAUCUUGGUUUCACUUAGUACGAAAACAUGUUUGUAAUUGUCGCUAGAUUUGCGCUGCUGUGCUGAGACAGCAACGUGUCACAAUAAAUGCUAGAAAUGAU